ACUGACUGCAAGCAUUAGUUUUGUUCUGGACCCUGGAGUCCAGUUCACAGCCUGUUCCUAUCCACCACUUUGCUUUGAUUCAUCGUUACUCACUGGGAUUUUCAUUUCUCACAUUUUCACCAUACGUUUACAUUUUAGCACUGAAUAGUGGUUUGCACUAAAGUCAAUACUGCUACAGAAGAAUCGGACUAAACAAAGAUCACUGACUGUAGCCGCUCAGGAUGUCCUUACCUUUCUACCAGAAACACCACAAGCACUAUGACAGCGGGUACCACAGCACGGAGGUGCAGUCUGCGCUCAGUCAAUACCAGCUGGAGGAAAAAAGCAGUGCUGCAUCCCACAGCAAAGGAUCAAGAGCUGCCCUCUAUUCAGAUGAGAUGCUGGUGGAGAGCUCCUCCAACCUGAGCCCACGACCCAAGAGACCAAAACAGACCUACGCUGCUCUGGAUCAUGAGAUCAUCGGCUAUGUGGUGCCAGUGUUCAGAGGCCGUCGAGAAUAUGUUAGUGGAAUAACAGAUACAGAAGAGGAGAGGUUCAAGGAGACGGCAGGAUACCUGGCUAGAAGGAACCUUUUCGCUUCCAGUGAAGGUGUCAUGGCUAUCAGCAGAUCCACGGAGGACACUGUACGGGAAGAGAUGUUUGAGAAGAAGUCUAGAACGACUGCUAUGCGAGAGUCAGCCGAGCGCAUUAACUUAAACAAGAAGAUCCACGAGACUGUGGAAUUUCAUACAAAGCUGAAUGAGGACAGUCUAUUGCAUGCUCCUGAGUUUGUCAUUAAGCCCCGGUCCCACACUGUCUGGGAGAAACAGAACGUCAAACUGCACUGCACCGUCUCUGGCUGGCCUGAGCCCCGCGUAACCUGGUACAAAAACAAUGUCCCUAUUGAUAUCCAUGCUUACCCUGGCAAGUAUAAAAUAGAGAGCCGGUACGGCGUGCAUUCACUGGAGAUCAACAGAUGUAACUUUGAAGACACAGCGCAGUAUCGUGCUUCUGCCAUGAACGUCAAAGGGGAACUCUCUGCCCUUUCCUCAGUUGUGGUGAAAAGGUACAAAGGGGAGAUUGAUUCUUCUUCUGUUAGCACUGUUUCAGUGCCUUUAUCAUAUGGCCUUUCAGCCACUGAUUAUGGCACAAAGUUUGAUAUCCACAUUGUUGAGAAAUUUGCUGUGUCAUUUGGUAGAGAGGGGGAGACUAUGAGCUUGGGCUGCACAGUGAUUGUCUACCCCAAUAUGAAACGCAUACAGCCGGAGAUCCAGUGGUACAGAGAUGGUGUUCUUCUUCAGCCUUCCAAAUGGAUGCAGAUGCACUGGAGUGGGGAACGCGCCACACUGACCCUUACCCACCUCAACAAGGAGGACGAGGGCCUCUACACCAUGCGUGUGGUCACCAAAUCAGGCUAUGAAGCCUACAGCGCUUAUGUAUUUGUUAGAGAUGCUGAAGCCGAGGUUGCUGGGGCUCCUGCUGCUCCCCUGGAUGUGGAUUGCCUGGAUGCCAACAAAGAUUAUGUCAUUGUCACCUGGAAGCAGCCUGCUGUAAAUGGAGGCAGCCCCAUCCUGGGAUACUUUGUGGACAGGUGUGAGGUGGGCACCACUCACUGGAGCCAGUGCAAUGACACCCCAGUCAAGUUUGCUCGUUUCCCUGUCACCGGCCUGGUGGAGGGCCGCUCCUAUAUCUUCCGUGUCCGGGCUGUAAAUAAAAACGGCAUAAGCAGACCAUCCAGAGUAUCCAAUCCCAUUGCUGCAAUGGACCCUGCUGACAAGGAGAGAAUGAAAGGUCAUCCGUCUGCCCCAUGGACAGGGCAAAUUAUUGUAACCGAGGAGGAGCCUGCAGAGGGAGUGGUGCCUGGGAAACCCUGUCAAUUGGCAGUUACUGAAGCCACCAAGAGCUAUGUUGUCCUGAGCUGGAAACCCCCUGGCCAGAGAGGCCAUGAGGGCAUUAUGUACUACGUGGAAAAGUGUGUCGCAGGCACAGAUAGCUGGCAGAGAGUGAACACAGAGAUCCCAGUGAAGUCUCCCCGCUUUGCUCUCUUUGACCUGGCAGAGGGCAAGUCCUACUGCUUCCGUGUGCGGUGCUGCAACUCCGCCGGAGUGGGAGAACCGUCUGAGCCAACCGAGGCUACCGUCGUGGGAGACAAACUAGAUAUCCCCAAGCCACCUGGCCAUGUUUUGCCAACUAGGAACACUGAUACGUGUGUGGUCCUGACCUGGGGGGAAUCCAAAGAUGCAAAGGAGCUGGUUGGGUACUACAUUGAAGCUACCAUUGUGGGCUCGGGAGUCUGGGAGCCCUGCAACAACAAGCCAGUAAAGGGCACCAGGUUUUUCUGCCAUGGACUUUCAACUGGUCAGACGUACGUCUUCAGAGUCAGUGCUGUGAACGCCGCGGGGCUUAGUGAAUUUUCACAGGAAUCUGAGGCUAUUGAGGUCAAGGCAGCAAUUGGGAGAGGUGUUCCUCAGGCUUCCCCUGCCCCACCCUAUGGAAUCAGUGUUCUUGAAACCGUUCGCAACUCCAUGGUGCUUGGAUGGAAACAGCCCAAAUUCAUUGGCGGUGCUGAGAUUACUGGGUACUUUGUGGACUACCGUGAAGUGAUCGACGGCGUGGUGGGGAAGUGGCACGAGGCCCACAUAAAGCCCAUCAGCGAAAGGGCAUACAGGGUAAACGACCUAAAGGAGAACAUGACCUACCAGUUCCAGGUGCGUGCUGCUAAUAUAGCUGGGGUUGGAAUACCAUCCCUUCCAAGCCCAUCCUUCAAGUGUGAGGAAUGGACCAUUGCAGUGCCAGGACCUCCUUAUGACCUCAGGUGUACUGAAGUGAGGAAAAACUCCCUGGUGCUGCUCUGGAAUCCCCCUGUAUAUAUUGGCCGCAGCGAGGUUAAUGGGUUCUACCUGGAUAUCAAAGAGGCAGAGGCGGAUGAAGGUCAAUGGCGGUCUGUCAAUGAGAAGGCAACAGAAAAGAAAUACAUGAAGAUUAAACACCUGAAGGAAGGCACUGCCUAUGUCUUCCGUGUGCGAGCACAGAACAAAGCAGGUGUAGGAAAACCCUCAGAUGAGACUGAGCCUGUCCUUGCUGAGACUCGCCCAGGAACCAAGGAGGUGGUUGUGGAUGUUGAUGAUGAUGGUGUGAUUUCAUUGAUCUAUGAGUGCUCUGAGAUGACUACAGAUUCUAAAUUUGUCUGGUCCAAGAAUUAUGAAGAAGUCUCUGAUUCGUCCCGUCUUGCUAUGGAGACCAAAGGUGGCAGGUCAAGAGCUGUCUUCAAAGACCCAGCAAUUGAAGAUUUGGGCAUUUACUCAUGUGUUGUCACAGAAACAGAUGGGGUAUCUGCUAGCUAUACCUUAGAUGAAGAUGAGCUGAAACGUCUGCUAGAAAUGAGCCACGAUCAUAAAUUUCCCACUGUCCCUCUGAAAUCAGACCUGGCUGUUGAACUUCUGGAGAAGGGACGUGUUCGCUUCUGGCUGCAAGCAGAAAAGCUAUCUGCCAAUGCUAAAAAUAACUUUGUCUUCAAUGAUACAGAGUUGAUCCAUGGAGAGAAGUAUAAAAUGAGUGUUGACAAAAACACUGGUAUUAUUGAAAUGAUAAUGGAAAAAUUGGCAGAUGAAGAUGAAGGCACUUUCACCUUCCAGUUAAAGGAUGGGAAAGCAACCAAUCAAUCCAGCUUGGUUCUGAUUGGGGAUGUUUUCAAGAAGCUACAGAAGGAAUCAGAAUUCCAGAGGCAAGAAUGGCUCAGAAAACAAGGUCCUCACUUUGUUGAGUAUCUUGGGUGGGAGGUUACUCCAAAAUGCGAUGUUUUGCUGAAAUGCAAGGUGGCUAAUAUUCUGAAGGAGACCACAAUUAUCUGGUACAAGGAUGAGAGAGAGAUAAUGUUUGAUGACAAGCAUGACUUCAAGGAGGGAGUGUGCACGCUGCUGAUUUCACAGAUUUCAAAGAAAGAUGCUGGUAUUUAUGAAGUUAUAUUGAAGGAUGACAGGGGAAAGGAUAAGAGUUUAUUGAAAUUGGUUGACCAAGGUUUUACUGAUGUAAUGAACAGCGUAUUCAAAGCCAUUGCUGAGUCUGCCACAGAGCUGAAGAUCCAGAGCACAGAAGAUGGAAUCAGACUGUAUUCCUUUGUCACUUAUUACACUGAAGACCUCCGAGUCAGCUGGCAUCAUAAAGAAUCAAAGAUGUCUUACACAGACAGAGUUAAGUGUGGUGUCACUGGUGAGCAGCUAUGGUUACAGAUUAAUGAGCCCACUGACAAAGAUAAGGGCAAAUACGCACUGGAAAUCUUUGACGGUAAAGGUGGACUCCAGAAGACAGUGGAUGUGUCUGGACAAGCAUUUGAUGACGCUUAUGCUGAAUUCCAGAGGCUUAAGCAAGCUGCAAUUGCAGAAAGAAACCGUGCUCGAGUGAUUGGUGGUCUGCCUGAUGUGGUCACAAUCCAGGAGGGCAAGUCCCUUAACCUUACAUGCAACGUCUGGGGUGACCCUGUUCCUGAGGUCACAUGGCUGAAGAAUGAGCGUGAGAUGGUGGGAGAUGACCACUGCAUCCUGAAAUUUCCAUCAGAAAAAUUUGCCAGCUUCACUAUUACCUCUGUCAGCUCAGCAGACUCCGGAAAAUACAGCAUUCUGGUGAAAAACAAGUAUGGAACUGAGACCGGUGACUUCACUCUCAUAGUUACCCAGGCCAUUGGAGAAAUGUGCAUGGCAAUGUAUGUAGCUGAUGAUGCAGGGAAUGUUCUGGAAACUAUUACUGCCGAUGGCAACAGCAAACCUGCCACUCCACCCAGCUGUAAAAAAGGGAGCAAAUAUAAAGCCACAGAGCACAUAAGGCCUUGUGUGGAAGAGAUUGUAGUAACAGAAGAGACACCAAAUGAGGAGUCGUCUGUCACAGAGGAGAAAGGAGACAUGCCACUGCAGAUUACAGCUCAGAAGAGGGUUUCUGUGCCAGAUGUCAGCCACAUUAAUCAUACAUCUGCAGCAGGAGUAGAAGAAUCACAAAACAAGCUCAAGGCAGAUACAACAACAAAAUGAAUUUGGCCAAAAUGAUAACUGCUUAAGACAGAAUCACGGGAAAGUUUAUUCAUAGCCAAUGAUUGUUAUUUAAUUCUGUAGUAACACAUUGUUCUACUGAAUUGCUUUUAAUUCAGCUGUGCUGGUCUUUUUUACACAGACACAAAGCAUAGCAAGAUUUUAUUUAAUGAACAUGCAUACCAUUUAAAACUCAGAUUUGCUGAAUAUUAGAGUCCAUUCAUUUAUCUAUAACAUUGCACGAUUACAUAGAAUAAAACAAAGGAGGAUAACUUGUAUUUUAAUUCCACCUCACCGUAUUUCAAAAUAAUAAAUUGCGAAGUUUGUCAUACAUCUGAUGUGGUCUUUAUACUGAUUAUAAUUGAGCAUUUUACUGCUUAACAGAAUAACUGAUUAAUUUAAUCAACCACAUAGUGUAAUCAAAAACUGUAUUCCCUUUACUAUUUUACCAAAACAAAACUUUCUGUGAUUGAAAUGAAAAGUGAAAGGGAUUUUAAAUGUAAUAUCAGAUCACCAUGCUAUAUUUAUUGUGAACUACAUACAAUAUUUUGUAUUUUAUCACUGUGACAUCAUGGUUUUAUUUUUAAUUACCCUGGGGUUCUAGCAUGCUUAUAUGUUUUUGAAAGGAGAAACAUCCAGGAAUAAAUGUAGAAACUGAAAUAAUUUACAAAACACAACUUUGUUAAAUUUUACUGUUUACCACCAACAUUGAAUAAGUAUUGUUGCAAUUCAAUUCAAUAUAAACAUAGUAGAUUAGAAUAAUUUGCAGUCAAUUUUUAAACAACUGUUUCAAUUAAAAUAGUUUUAAUGCAUGGUUUGAUUACUGAAAAGAAAAUUACUUUAACACAGACUACAAUGUCAUUGUAAAAGGUCUGUAACAAAGUCUUGCAAUUUGGAACUGAAGGCAGACAUAGAAAUAAAAAAGAGAAUUUUAUGAAA